AUGGAACUGGAGCAGUUAGAAGACAAGCUGUUGAGACUCCAUGACAAGCUCUACACAACUUUUACAGCCGCAGAAUUUAAGCAAACAAGUAAAAAAAUAAAGACAGAAGAACAAAUUGAUGACCAUGAACAUAUUGACAACGGAUUUGCUGGAGAGAAACAGAACUCAACCUUUCAGUUUUUGGCAUCAUCAUUCAGAUAUGGCAAAGGCACGAACUGUUGGGCCGUUGAUAAUCUCAUCAACAAAGGUGAUCAAAUCAUCUUGAUCACCGUUCAGCCUCCCCAAGCUCAUCACACCCGAAAGGAGCUUUUUGAGGACACUAGUUCACCUUUAGUGCCUCUGGAGGAAUUGAGGGAGUUGAAUUUUACUAAGCAAUAUGAGAUUGCCGGGGAUCCUGAGGUCAUAGAUAUCCUUGACACUGCCUCCAUGACUAAAGGGGCAAAGGCAGUUGCAAAGGUGUAUUGGGGAGAUCCAAGGGAGAAGUUGUGUAAUGCUGUAGAAGAUCUUCACCUGGACUUUUUGGUUGUUGGAAGCAGGGGUUUAGGUCCCAUUAAAAGGGUGUUGUUGGGCAGCGUAAGCAAUAAUGUGAUGACAAAUGCUUCUUGCCCCGUCACAGUGGUUAAGGGAAAACAAUCUUCCAAUUCCCAUCAUUAAAUCCGAUUUGUGAAUAAUCCACCUAUCUAUAUGAAGAAAAUCCAGAAGUUUGUUUGAAGGCGCACGUGUGUGGGGAAAUGAACAUGGCUGUGAAGAAACCAAAACACUGUGGUACUAUUCAAUAAUUGUGUUUUUGGUCAUGUUGUAUUUACGUAGUAGGAUUGACAAUUUUUAUUAUUUCUGUGUACAUCUCUAAUAAUGACAGUUAGGUAUA